GUGUAUCCAUUAGCCUGCCAGUUUAGAGCAGGUGCUGCUGUGUCAUUCAGGGCUUCUAUUGCUCAUCCCAUAGCCCUGGAAUGGCUGUGGCUGACUAGGACAUUACAAUCUCUCCUUUUUCCUUUGUCUGUGUCCAGAGUUGAACUGAGUGGUCUGGUGCAUGUAAAGCAGAGGAAUCUUUGGCUCUCUGAAAGGUGAGACAGGCUCCUUUUGGUCUGUCAGCCAUGUCCACCUUCAGGCAGGAGAACGUGGAGGACCAUUAUGAAAUGGGAGAAGAACUUGGCAGUGGCCAGUUCGCCAUCGUGCGGAAGUGCCGGGAGAAGUCCAGCGGCCUCGAGUACGCGGCCAAGUUCAUCAAGAAGCGGCGCCUGUCGUCCAGCCGGCGGGGCGUGAGCCGGGAGGAGAUCCAGAGGGAGGUGGACAUCCUGCGGGAGAUCCAGCACCCCAACAUCAUCACGCUUCACGACAUCUUCGAAAACAAGACUGACGUGGUGCUGAUCCUGGAGCUGGUCUCAGGCGGCGAGCUCUUUGACUUCCUGGCCGAGAAGGAGUCCCUGACGGAGGAGGAAGCGACCCAGUUCCUCAAGCAGAUUCUGGACGGGGUCCACUAUUUGCAUUCCAAGCGCAUAGCGCACUUUGACCUGAAGCCUGAGAACAUCAUGCUGCUGGACAAGAACGUGCCGAGCCCCCGCAUCAAGCUCAUCGACUUUGGCAUUGCUCACAAAAUCGAAGCCGGGAACGAGUUCAAAAACAUCUUUGGGACCCCAGAGUUUGUAGCCCCAGAAAUAGUGAACUACGAGCCCUUGGGACUGGAGGCUGACAUGUGGAGCAUCGGGGUCAUCACAUACAUCCUUCUCAGCGGCGCCUCUCCCUUCCUGGGCGAAACGAAGCAGGAGACGCUGACGAACAUCUCCGCCGUGAACUACGACUUUGACGAGGAGUAUUUCAGCAAUACCAGCGAGCUGGCCAAGGACUUCAUCCGGCGCCUGCUUGUCAAAGAUCCCAAGAAGCGGAUGACGAUUGCCCAGAGCCUGGAGCAUCCCUGGAUUAAGGUGAUCAAGCGGAGGAACGUCCGCAAUGAAGACAAUGGCAAGAAGCCAGAGAGACGGCGUCUCAAGACCACUCGGCUCAAGGAGUACACCAUCAAGUCCCACUCCAGCAUGCCUCCCAACAACACCUACAUCAACUUCGAGCGCUUCUCCAAGGUGCUGGAGGAGGUGGCUGCGGCAGAGGAGAGCCUCCGGGAGAUGGAGCGGAACAAGAAGUCCUUCCGGGAGGACAUCGAUGCCUUGCGCUCCAUCUACGAAGAGAAGGAAUCGUGGUACAAGGAGGAGAAUGAGAGCAUCAGCCAGGACCUGCGCCAGAUCCGUCAGGAGCUGCAGAAGACAGAGGCCCUGAAAAAGCAGACCCAGGAGGAGACCAAGAGCACGUUGCUGGUGGCCAAUGGGCUCAAACGGCGCUACCGGAAGCUGGAGAACCGCUACGAAACUCUGGCCAAGCAGGUGGCCUCAGAAAUGAAGUUCGUGCAAGAGCUGGUACGGUCGUUGGAGCUGGAGAAGCUGCAGGGCGGAGAAGGGGACUGUAGCCUCCGCUAGCUUUAUCCUCUUGAGUUGAUCGCCAAGGUGGGAUGGGGCCAGUGAGCUGGACAGAGUGGUGGGGAGAUACCUUUGUUACGGCCUGCCCACUUGGGCGUCAUCUGUUCACCAGGAGCCCAAGGGACUCUGUCUUCAUGGCUUAAAAUGGGAGUAGAUUGCAGCAGCAUUUAAUAUGUAGGUAUGGCAGCCUGGGCACUACAACUCCCAUCAUGCAAAGCUUCUGAGGGGAGCUGUUGUUGUCUGCUGAGCCCACUGCAUGCUGGGACUUGUAGUCUCCCUCAAAGUUGCCCCGCCAUACGAAAGCUGAAGGCUUCAGUAUUUAUGGGUCAAUCUCUGGCCAGCUGCCUGGUUUGGCAGUGGCUACUUUUCAUCACUUGCGAGAGGGUCCAGUCUUUGUCCAAGGACCUGGGCUCUUCCUGACUCUGAAAGUUAGAAUGGUCCACAAGCGAGUUCCUUAGUGUUCCUUUCUCCUCUUCCUCUGACCGCCAGAGGCUGAGACAUGUCUUCUCACUCCUUGCAGCUAUGGCUGUGACUGUCCGGACCUGGACUUCUAGAGCAUCCCAGCAGUGGGAGCUGCUCCUGCAAAUUCAUUAGCCUCAUGCCUAGCUGGGGGGAGAGACCAGCUGGUGUUCCCAGGUACACUAGCUGCACAGGGGGCUUGGAAUGCCGGGGCCCUUGAUCAAUGUGUUGUCCAGCUGUUGGCUCCUGACAUGUUUGGCGAGCCAAGCCCUUUGGGAAAGGAGUUUCUAACCGGCCACUCUGGAACCUGGUUCUCCUGCUCUCCCGAGCUGGGCACCUCCUCUUCCCCACUAUCCUUCGCCGGCGUGUGCGGUGGCUGCCUGUCGGUGCGCUCGCCGGUAGAGUCUCUUCCCGAUCUGCAGGCUCCUCUAGACCUGUUGCCUCAAGCGCUCGGCACUGUGGCCUCUGGAGCUGCCUUUGUCGCUCAGCGCCCGUGUCGGUCACUCGGCAUGCGCUGUGUUUGCAGGAGUGGGGGGAGGGCUUUUUUGCUUUG